AUGGAAACCACACAGCCCAGUCCCGAUCCACCACUCGCAACAUACCCAGACCUCAAAGAUAAAGUCAUCUUCCUAACCGGAGUCGGCCAGUCUGGCGACCCCAACCUCACCAUCUGGGGAAAUGGAGCCUCAAUAGCUCGACUAAUGGCACAUCAAGGCGCAAAGGUCUUUGGCUGCGACUUGGAUCGAGACGCUGCCUUGCGCACGCAGAAGCGUAUCCAGGAAGAAGAAGGGGGAGAUAUCACCGUGACACAGGCAAAUGCAACGAAGGACCAGGAUGUUAAGCGUGCUGUCGAUGAAUGUCUUGCCAAGUACGGCCGGAUUGAUGUCCUCGUCAAUAAUGUAGGUCGAUCCGAACGCGGAGGCCCCGUCGAACUGACCGAGAAAGUCUGGGACGACCAAACAGACAUCAACCUCAAAUCCGUCUACCUAAGCUGCCACCACAUCCUACCCGUAAUGGAAGCCCAGGGUAGCGGCGCCGUAGUCAAUAUUUCGUCAAUUGCAGGCCUGCGCUACAUCGGCAAACCGCAAGUCGCGUACUCCGCCACUAAAGCCGGCGUGAUCCAGUUCACCAAAGCUACGGCUGUGAUCUAUGCUGCAAAGGGGAUCCGGCUUAAUGUUGUUGUUCCCGGUCUUAUGCAUACGCCGCUUGUGACUGUUCUGGCGGAGAAGUAUGCGCAGGGUGAUUUGGAGGGGUUUGUUGAGAAGAGGCAUAAUGCUGUGCCGACGGGGAGGAUGGGUGACGGGAUGGAUAUUGCGAUGACGGUGUUGUUUUUGGCCAGCUCGCAGAGUAGGUAUAUCACUGGGCAGAAGAUCGUGGUGGAUGGGGGGAUUACGUCUGCUACUGCUUGA